AUUAUCGUAUCUGAAACGUACUUGCGGGAUGGUGGGACUGCGCUUCAUUAAUUAUUAUAGAGGUAUUUGACAUCCUUAUACCCGCCGCCGCUGGUUAGAUAUAAGGAAACUCUUACUAGUUAUCUGACACACAUCUGAACUGUGCUACACUACAACAUCGUGGGUGACACAAGUCCUGAUGUUUAGAUGAAUAUUGCAUAGACACCUUACUUUUUUCGGUUUCCAUCCUUAAUGGAGUGAAAAUGUUUCAGUCGUGGAUAAUUGAUUAAAAUGGCAUCAAAAUGAAACCAGUUUGUGUGCUACGUCUGGAUACGGAGAGACAAGUCUUGGCACAACGUCUUUUGAAUACUCAAAGAUUUGUAAGAAUGUUCUGGAACAUCGGAGUAUGGACUUUGUGGACAGCUUUACUUCUUCAGUUGUGUCCGGCCGUGGCUAGAGAAGUAAAAAUUGAGCAGUGUGUCAAUGAAGGCCUCGUGGAAGUAGUGGCUGGUCAGAAAACGUUUAUCACCUGCACAGGUGACGGAGACAUACAAUGGAGACUACACUGGCAUCAAAAUCAGUCUCACAGGUUUGCAGAAUGCACGCAAAGCAGCUGUACCAUGUUAGUCUCGGCGCCAUUCAGCGAGAUAUUCGAGGCAACUGUAACAGGAGCUCACAGUAAAAGAAUAACCGUCAACGCUGAGAACAACACGAAGAUACACGAGAAUAUUGAGCUAGUCAACGGCAGUCUGGAAUGUGUUCUUAUAAACAACACUUACAGCAUCGGAUCAGCUAACUGUACUCUGAACUACGUGUAUUCACCAGAGAAUGUGUCAUGUGAAGGAGUUGAAACUACUCUGUCUGUAAAUGUGUCCUGUGUCAUCGGAAGCGUCUACUCGUCACGUAGAAUCUACAAGUGUCACCUGCUUGUAGUGAGGGAUAAGGUGAGAGCUAACAAAUAG